AUGGGAGCCAUGGCUUACCCCUUCCUCUUCUGCGUUCUGCUCAUUCAUUUCGGAUUGGGAGCUAUUGGCGCCAGCCGCGAACCUCCAAGUCGGCCGGAUUCACCUCGAGAGAGGACCCUGAGGGCGAAGCAGCACGCCCAGCAGUCUGCUCGAGCCUCUGCCUCAGACUCCUCUGCUCCCUGGAGCCGCUCCACCGACGGCACCAUCUUGGCGCAGAAACUCGCCGAGGAGGUGCCCAUGGACGUGGCCUCUUACCUCUACACCGGGGACUCCCACAAGCUGAAGCGAGCCAACUGCUCCAGCCGCUACGAGUUGGCGGGCCUGCCGGGGAAGUCGCCGGCCCUAGCCAGUUCCCAUCCCUCAUUGCACGGGGCGCUGGACACGCUGACACACGCCACCAACUUCCUCAACAUGAUGCUGCAGAGCAAUAAGUCGCGGGAGCAGAACUUGCAGGACGACCUGGAGUGGUACCAAGCGCUGGUGCGGAGCCUCCUAGAGGGUGAGCCCAGCAUCUCCCGGGCGGCCAUCACCUUCAGCACCGAGUCGCUGUCCGCCCCGGCCCCGCAGGUCUUCCUCCAGGCCACGCGCGAGGAGAGUCGCAUCCUGCUCCAGGACCUGUCCUCCUCAGCACACCACCUGGCCAACGCCACGCUGGAGACCGAGUGGUUCCACGGCCUCCGGCGCAAGUGGAGGACUCACUUACACCGUCGUGGCUCCAACCAGGGGCCCCGGGGCCUGGGCCACAGCUGGCGGCGCAGGGACGGGCUGAGCGGGGACAAGAGCCACGUCAAGUGGUCUCCGCCGUAUCUGGAGUGCGAGAAUGGCAGUUACAAGCCUGGGUGGUUGGUCACUCUCUCCGCUGCUUUCUACGGGCUGCAGCCUAACCUGGUCCCGGAAUUCAGGGGUGUCAUGAAAGUAGACAUAAAUCUUCAGAAGGUGGACAUUGACCAAUGUUCAAGUGAUGGCUGGUUUUCAGGAACUCACAAAUGUCACCUUAAUAAUUCAGAGUGUAUGCCGAUUAAAGGCCUAGGAUUCGUGCUUGGAGCUUAUCAGUGUAUUUGCAAAGCAGGAUUCUAUCAUCCUCGAGACUUCUCAUUCAACAACUUUCAGAGAAGGGGUCCGGAUCACCAUUUUGUAGAAAGUGCCAAGGAUGUGUCAGAAGAAGUCCAUGUCUGCCUGCCAUGCAGCGAGGGCUGCCCCUACUGUGCUGAUGACAGCCCCUGUUUUGUCCAGGAAGAUAAGUACUUGCGACUGGCUAUCAUCUCCUUUCAAGCCCUGUGUAUGCUGCUGGACUUCGUGAGCAUGCUGGUGGUCUACCGUUUUCGCAAAGCCAAGAGCGUCAGGGCAUCGGGCCUUAUCCUGUUGGAAACAAUCCUUUUUGGGUCUCUGCUUCUAUACUUUCCGGUUGUUAUUUUGUACUUUGAGCCAAGCACAUUUCGCUGUAUUCUUCUAAGAUGGGUCCGCCUUCUUGGUUUUGCUACUGUUUAUGGAACUGUCACUCUCAAGCUUCACAGGGUUUUGAAGGUGUUUCUUUCACGAACAGCCCAGCGGAUUCCAUACAUGACUGGUGGACGUGUCAUGAGGAUGCUGGCAGUAAUACUCCUGGUAGUGUUCUGGUUUCUUGUUGGCUGGACAUCAUCUGUUUGCCAGAAUUUGGAGAGGCAGAUUUCACUCAUUGGCCAAGGGCAAACAUCAGAUCACCUCAUCUUCAACAUGUGCCUCAUUGAGCGCUGGGAUUACAUGACAGCAGUCGCUGAAUUUUUAUUCCUCCUGUGGGGUGUUUAUCUCUGCUAUGCAGUGCGGACAGUCCCUUCAGCAUUUCAUGAGCCACGCUAUAUGGCUGUUGCAGUUCACAAUGAGCUCAUUAUCUCCGCUAUAUUUCAUACAAUUAGAUUUGUUCUUGCCUCAAGACUUCAGUCUGAUUGGAUGUUGAUGCUGUAUUUUGCACAUACUCAUUUGACUGUGACAGUCACCAUUGGGUUGCUUUUGAUUCCAAAGUUUUCACAUUCAAGCAAUAACCCACGAGAUGACAUUGCAACAGAAGCAUACGAAGAUGAGCUAGACAUGGGCCGAUCUGGAUCCUACCUGAACAGCAGUAUCAAUUCAGCCUGGAGUGAGCACAGCUUGGAUCCAGAAGACAUUCGGGAUGAGCUGAAGAAACUCUACGCCCAGUUGGAAAUCUAUAAGAGGAAGAAGAUGAUCACGAAUAAUCCCCACCUUCAGAAAAAGCGGUGCUCCAAGAAGGGCUUAGGCCGUUCCAUCAUGAGACGGAUCACCGAGAUCCCAGAGACGGUCAGCCGGCAGUGCUCCAAGGAGGACAAGGAUGCUGGGGAGCAUGGCUCGGCCAAGGGGGCUGGCGCAGGGAGGAAGAACCCCCAGGAGGCUGCGGGUGGCGCUGGGAAGCCCAAGGAAGAGUCCCUGCGGAACCGGGUCUUCUCGCUCAAGAAAUCGCACAGCACCUAUGAGCAUGUGCGGGAGCAACCAGGCGGCCCGGGCAGCCCGCCCGCCCAGAGCCGGGAGGAGGAGGAGGCUACAGACAACUCUGUGCUGGGGUCUCCGGCGGGAGCGAACCGACCCCGACCCCUGCAAGAGGACAGCCAGGCCGUGUCCACUGAGUCUGUGCCUCUGGUGUGUAAGUCUGCCAGCGCCCACAACCUCAGCUCGGAGAAGAAGCCCGGGCCCACCCGCACCUCAGUAUUACAGAAAUCCCUCAGCGUCAUUGCCAGUGCCAAGGAGAAAACGCUUGGAUUGGCCGGCAAAACCCAGGCAGCCUGCGUGGAGGAGCGGGCCAAAGGCCAGAAGGCUCUGCCCAGAGAGAAAGAGACAAAUAGAAAAUACUCCAAUUCAGAUAAUGCAGAGACUCAAGACUCUGCCCCCCAAAACUCCAGUCAGUCUGAGGAGCCAAGAAAACCCCAGAAAUCGGGGAUUAUGAAGCAACAAAGGGCCAACCCCCCCACUGCCAAUUCAGACCUGAGCCCAGGCACCACCCAGAUGAAGGACAACUUUGACAUUGGGGAAGUGUGCCCCUGGGAGAUCUAUGACCUGGCCCCUGGGCCCGGGCUUUUGGAAUCGAAAGUUCAAAAGCAUGUAUCGAUUGCAGCUUCUGAAAUGGAGAAAAACCCCACUUUUUCCUUAAAGGAGAAAUCUCAUCCCAAGCCUAAGGCAGCUGACCUGUGUCAGCAGUCCAAUCCGAAGAGCGUAGACAAGGCCGAGGUGUGUCCUUGGGAGAGCCAAGGUCAGUCCCUCUUUGAAGAGGAGAAGUAUUUGAUGUCCAAGACUCAGGUUCCCCUGGGAAGAGCUCAAGGUGAGAACAGCGGCCAGCAUUGUGCAACCAGUGUGUGUGCUGGGCAGUGUGAAGAACUGCCUCCCAAAGCUGUAGCAUCAAAAGUGGAGAAUGAAAACCUCAACCAGCUAGGAGAGCAGGAGAAAAAGACAUCUUCCUCUGAGCGAAACGUGCCUGACUCCCAGAACUCAAGUAAUAAAUUUCAGCCACCUUUAAUGUCACGAGCUGAGGUGUGUCCCUGGGAGUUUGAGACCCCAGAUAAACCAAAUGCUGAAAGAAGUGUAGCUUUCCCUGCCUCUUCUGCUUUAAAUGCAAAUAAGAUAGCAGGGCCUCGAAAGUAA